AUGCCGCCAAGGCCCAUCCCGCCGGAGCUGGGCAAGCUAACAGCGCUGGUGAAGCUCGACCUAGGGGACAACCAGCUAUCCGGGCCGAUCCCGCCGGAGCUGGGCAAGCUAACAGCGCUGGUGAAGCUCCAAGAAGCUUUAUGUUCGAUCUCCGUAGAUCUAUGGACGCGGACGCUUCUAGUUGGGCGGGACAAGAUCCACGGAGACCAGUUGUCUCGAAAAUAGGCAGCGGGUUGUUUGUUAUUUAUUUCCCGCUUGUUGCUUUUGAACGCCCCACUCCCCGAAAAUUUGUUCGAAAUACUUGGGACUGCGGUCCCCAUCCCACUCGAGCUAGGACAUCUUGGAGGACUGCAGAUCCUCACACCGUGCCAGCU